AUUGUGAACAACAUUGGCGUUUCGUUUGAUCUAUAACCCUGGCUUCUGCGACAUUGUCUUGAGGGUCAUAAUGGCAAUGGAAAUUGACACUGCGACUGUCGCUGUUGCGGCGCGUCCGUCACAAGUUCGUGUGCAGCUAAAGUCCAGAAGCAGUGAUAUCCAGUUACCGCAGGAGACUGGACCGAUCCUUGUAUCGACGGAGUUGCGCCGAUAUCAACUUUCCACACUCGUCAACCGAUUGCUCGAAACAGAGGCCCCGAUUCCAUUAGAAUUCCUCAUCAAUGGCCAGUUUCUGCGGACAUCUCUAGACGAUUUCUUAACGCAGAAUGGAGUCAGCGCCGAGACAACACUCCAAGUCGAGUACAUCAAGGCCCUUAUUCCUCCACAGCACGUCACUAGCUAUCAGCAGGAUGAUUGGGUUUCGUCCGUUGAUGUCCUCUCUCCGUCAUCUGUACAUGCUUCAUGGACCAGCAGCAAGGAUGCCGGAUCGAUACAGAAUCGAAUUCUCUCAGGCUCUUAUGAUGGCAUCUUGCGAGUGUGGAAUAUGAGCGACGAGGUCAUCGCCACAGGCCAGGGUCAUAGUGCUUCCGUCAAGAGUGCCAAAUUUAUCACGCCGACUCAGGUCGUGAGCUCAGGUGUAGAUCGUACUUUACGUCUUUGGAAAUUCGCAGACGCUACCACAGGCCAAGGUACUCUGACACCCACACUCGAGCUCUUCGGUCACAAGGCAUCUGUGGACAAUCUGGCUGUCCACGCGCCGACCUCACGAAUCCUUUCCGCGUCCGCAGACUGUCGUAUCGGUCUUUGGAGUACGAAGAAAGCAGACGCUCCCGCCGCGCCUGAGUCUCUCCUUCCGAAUGCCAAUAAGCGACGCAAGCUCUCUGGACCCAACACUUCUACCGCACAACGCGGCGCGCUGUCGUUCCUCGAAGGGCACCAACAAGCCGUCGGCGAUGUCUGUUUCGAUGCCCGAGAUCCAAGCGUAGCAUACAGUGCGUCUCAUGACCAUGCGGUGAAGACCUGGGAUCUGACCACGAGCAAAUGCGUCGACACGCGGACAACGGCACAAAGUCUUCUCGCCAUCUGCCAUCUACCAGCCCAUACACUACUCGCCACAGGAGGUGCGCUGCGAUACAUAUCCCUCGUUGAUCCACGAGCAGCGGCCACGACCGUCAGCGCCAUGACGCUCCGGGGACACACAAACACCGUGACGGCAUUGGCACGCGACCCCGACUCCGAGCAUCAAUUCGUCUCCGCAAGCAAUGAUGGUACAUGUCGAAUUUGGGACAUUCGUUCAGCACGGACAGAGGCCGGUGCAGAGAAGGUUGGAGAUUCCGUAUUCAUCAUCGACCGAUUCAAGCCUGCGGCAGGAAGCAGUCAAACAAAGGCCCUCCAGGGUGAUGAAGAUCGGAUAUUCUCGGUGUGCUGGGACCGCGAGGUGGGCAUUGUCAGUGGCGGGAGGGACAAAGAGAUUCAGAUCCACAAGGGAGCCUCGUCAUAAGCACUGCGAGUAACUAGGUAUCAAUGUGGAUGAUUAGAUCACAAUAUCGUCGCAAGGUUACAAUCCUUCCCAGGGCCGUAAAAGUCUUUUCCAGUCAAUGUUCAAAAAGCAUCCAUGUACCGCG